AUGGCGUUUCAUGUGUCCAAUUUUUUUACUGAUCCGUUUGCAAUCUCAACUGUGUCAUUCGGUGCCAUCGCAUGGAUCGUGGCCAUAGCUGGAGCAGCAACAUCACCAGCCAAAGAGUUCCCCAGAUUCACAUGGUGGGGACUUGUAUAUGAGAUUCUUCUCAUCUUGGCCAUCCUAUUGUUGUAUAUCAAUAACACCAUUGAACUUUAUAAAUUCACCUUGGUUGGACUCUUGUCAAUCGCCUUUUUAUACACGUCGAACUCAACCAGUCAAUUGAUUUACCAAUCUGAUUCAUCGGCAAUGCUUUGUUGUGCAGCCGGAUGUAUCUUGCUUUCAAUGUUGAACUUCAUUUGGAUCUUAUAUUUCGGAGGACAUCCCGAAUCACCAACCAACCAAUUCAUCGAUUCAUUCUCACUUAAGUCACAAUCUCAUAGUCAUGGACACUUGUCACUGGGUGAUGGUAACCGUCGUAGCUCACGCCGAGUCACCGGAGUCUCUGGAGGAGCUCACGACGAUGAUGAGGAAUACAAGUACAUUUCUCCUGUGGCCCUACCAAACGCUUCAGCACAUAAUCAAUUCCAAGAAAAUAAUUUGAGACAAUCUCAAUUAACCACUAACAACAAAUCCACCACCACUCCAUACAUGUCAUCUUCACAAUUGAAUGGGUUGGAAAACUUUAGUACUCUGGAUGUGCACAAAUCAAGAGAUUUGACAAAUAACAGACAAACCAUUUAUAAUGAUGUGCAAUCACAAGGUGAAAUACCCGGCGUUACCUUCCGAUACAAGGCACGUGCUCUCUACAGCUACGAGGCUAACCCUGACGAUAUCAAUGAAAUUUCAUUUGUGAAAGAUGAAGUAUUGGAAGUCGAUGAUAUAGAUGGGAAAUGGUGGCAAGCCAGAAGGGCGAAUGGUCAAGUUGGUAUUUGUCCAUCCAAUUAUGUCAAGCUUUUAGAAUAA